AUGAGCGGUGACUUGCAGCCAUGGGCGCUACCACGCCUUGGCCGCUUGUUGCCUCUCGAUGAUGACUCGCUCAAGGAAGUGAUUGCCUACUCCUUGACCUUGUCUAAAGACGCCGCCGCCGAACACCUGAAGAACCUGCUUGGUGACUCUCCACAGGCCCUCGAGUUUAUCUCGUCGUUCAACGCGCGACGAGGCAACGCGCAGUCCCCAGCGGCCGCCGUGGAGUCAUCUGGGGUGCCGAAAGCACAGAAGAAAGGUCCCAAAAAGGGCAAACCUCCCCUCCACGCUGCAGGCCCGGUACGUCGCCCGGAAGGAUAUGGGGAUGUCGCAGGUGGUUACACGAAACAGUACGAAAGCGAUACCGAUUUCGCCACGACUCACAGUCGACCGAUCUCAAGAGACAAAAAUGUGCCGUCAAUGUCCUCGACACCCGAUGCUCUGCAGGUGCCCCAAACAACAUCUGGAGGGCGUACUUCCGGUUCUUCGGCUGCCUCUCGAGACACGUCACCAGGGAGGCACCCUCAGAAACUCCCUCCCUCGGCAUCGGGCAACUUGAUAUCCGAUUUCGGAUUUGCAAACGUUCGUUCCAAACAAUCUAAGAAGCCCGCGCAUACGGGUCACUCUCAACCACAGUCUGGCACUUCUACGCCGCACAGGGGUGGUGCUACGACAACCACCUCGAGUGUUGCGGACCUCACUGCCGCAAUCGCGGCACUGGAGCUUUCUACGAAUCCAACCCUGUCCACGCAAAGGCGAAAAUGCCCUUGCAAUGCUUCAAUCCAUCCGCUUUUCACGACGGCGCCCAACUGUCUGAAUUGUGGCAAGAUCAUCUGCGCACUUGAAGGACUUCAACCUUGCUCGUUCUGUGAUUCGCCCAUUCUGACGAAAGAUCAAGUAAAUGCUAUGAUCAAGGCACUGAAAGAAGAGCGCGGAAUCGAGAAAAUGGCUGUCCACAACGCCGGACAAUCUGUGUCAGGGAGGGGCACACCGAUUUUUGGGGCGUCAACCCCAGAGAGCGGGUCAGGCGAUGAAGCCUCGUCUGCCGCAGCACGGGCACGAGCCCAUCGAGAUAAACUGUUGGCAUUUCAGAGAGAAAACGCUCAACGGACUCGCGUCCAUGAUGAGGCUGCUGAUUACGACGCCACGCUUACACCGGGGACUACGCAAUGGAUGACCCCCGUGCAGCGAGCUGCUGCGCUAAAGAAGCAGCAAAAGUAUCUUCGAGAGCUGGAAGAAGCAAACCGGCCAGAGUGGGAGAAGCAAAGAACAGUUAUGAGCAUGAGUAUCAAGAACGGUAGGUUAGUGAAGACGUUUGAGCGGGAGAAAGCACCCGCUCUUAAACAAGAGAAGGGAGACCUUGCUGGUUCCGACAACGAAGACAUUGGAGCUGCAGAUCAGCAUCUUGCUCUUGGUGAGACUGGGCGAAAGGGCCCCUUCAGCAAUAAUCCUCUGCUUGCAAGUGGAAAGCUGAUACGGCCGGUGUGGAAAGCACCGGGAGGUGGCACUGAGGACAAGGGCAAGGGUCGGGAGACAGCAAGGAAAAGCGUCUGGAGGAGGGUACAGGACGACAAUGACGACAACGAACAAUGGAUCCUAGAUGGAGGAUUACACGGUUAUGGCACUGAGACCAGGUUGAUGGAGGACCAGCAAGAGGGCGGCUGA